CCGUAGUCUUCUCGUCACGAUUGCGAAAGUCACCCACACAGUACGCGAAUCGGACGACACAGGUUAUCGCCCUGCCACUGCCCUCCAACACCUUACCCUUGCAGCAGUAAGCCAAUAAACCAGUCCUCAAGUGGCCGCAAGACGCCACUUCCGUUUCCUUCCGCAAUGUCUAUGGGAUACGGCGGUGCCGGUGGGGCGAGACCGUCAAUGGGUGCUCAACGCAUGUCACUCGCGCCGCGAGGAGGUCCCGGAGGUGGUGGGAUCGGCGGGAUGGCGGGCGGAUUCGCAGACGGAUUCGGUGGCGGUCGCAUGUCUGACGCGCGCAUGUCUGGGGUUGGGAGGAAUAUGGGGUCAAUGUCGAGGAGGUCAAGCCAGUACGCAGGCCGCCCCUCAACGAUCGGCGGCGCCGUCACCAACAAACCGCUUAAAGACCCACGUCCAAUCCGCGACAAAGCAUGGCAAGCGAACGCCAUCAAAACCGUCAUGCCGUUCCUGCUCGACCGCGGAUUCAACCAGCCGCUGGGGACAAAGAUCCUACAGGCUCCCUCGUUCGCGUUAUAUCAAAGCAUGUUCAAAUUUCUGUACGCGCAGUUGGAUCCGGAUUAUGUGUUUCAGAAGAAGUUCGAGGAGGAGGUGCCCGCGAUCUUGAAUGCGUUAAGAUACCCGUUUGCGGACGCGAUUAAGCCGUCGCAUUUUGGGGCCGUUGGGUCGAUGCACACUUGGCCGACGCUUUUGGCGACGUUGACGUGGAUGGUUGAGUUGAUUGAGUGCUGCGAGAUGAACGACGAAAGGGAAAUGGGCGACGACGUCGAUUUCGCAGACGACUUGGUGCCUGAAAAGAUCUUCUUUGACUUUGUGAAGGAAGCAUACAAGCAGUUCAUGAAGGGAGACGACAACUAUGCGGCCAUGGAUACGCAGCUUAUGGAUAUUUUCGAUCGGAAACAGGAGCAUGAUCUUGUUACUGUGGAGAAGCUUGAGGCAGAGCGUACGGCUUUGGACGAAGAGUGGAAGCAGUUGACUGAAGGCGAGGCGCCUGUCGUAACCCUCGAAAAAGAAGGCAAGCUCCUCCAAUCCGACAAAGAAAAAUUCAAGCAAUACAUCCUGCACGUCGAAUCCAAAAUCCAAAAAUUCCAAGACUCGAUCCUAGCCCUCCAAGAGGAUCUCGACGCAAAAGAAAAGGAAACGGACCAGCUCACCGCGGAGAAAGCCGGCUUGCAGCGGACCGUUGACGCGCAGGAGAUCUCGCCGGCGGAUGUGGAUCGCAUGACGGCGGAGAGGGAGCAGUUGAGCCAGACGUUGGAGAGUGUUGCCCAGAAGAUGGAGGAGGCGAAUACGAACGUGUGGGAGAAGGAGAUUGCGUUGCAGAAGAGGAUGGAUCAGCUUGAGCGCCUCAUACAAGAGUACAACGCCUUUGCAUACAAACUGGGCAUCUUGGGCUCUGACCCUGUUGACGCAGAGCUCGCUGUAGAGCUCGAGCUGCGUGCUCAUGCAUCGCGGCCCGACCAGAUGGUAUCCCUUGAUCUGCGCAACAAAGCUAAGCCCGGCCUAGCGACCCUCCGCACCCGUUUCAACACGCACCUGCACAAAGCCCAAAACGAGUCCAUCGCCUUGCAAGAAACACUCGACAACCUCAACUGGGCGCAUACGCAGAAGAAGGAGGAGUUGUUGGAGAUGGAGGAGAAGAUCCGGAUGUUGGGAGAGCGGUAUCGGGAGGAGCAGGAGCAAAUCGGCAUGGAAAACACGGCAUCAACGGAAGAGAUCCAGCAAUACGAACGCAACCUGCAGCGGAUGAAGAUUGAGUCCAACGGCGCGCUGAUCCAGUCGCAGCAGUUGAUGCAGAAGGCGGUCGUCGAGUACGAACAGGUUUCCCGCCAAACAACAACCACCCGCGAACGCCAACUCAACGACAUGGCCCGCGCCCUCAUCGCCGCGUUCGACUGCCACCAGCACGUGCAUGGCGCGCUGGAGGAGCUGCUCAGGGACGCGGAUGCGGGGUACAAGGCGGCGAGGGAACGCGCGGAGCAGGUGCGGGGCGGACGGGGAGGUGCGGGAGAGGAGGAGAUGGUGGUGGCGUGAGGGGAGAUGGGGUGCGCUGGGCGUGCUGGGUAUCGGGGAGUUUUCGUUCAUGUGCAGGAGCGGAUGGGGAUGUGGAUGGUGAAGAGCUAGAUGCGAACAGUGGGGAUGGGAUAUGGACGUUCAGGCACUAUGGGCGGCCGGUAGCAGAAGUCAUAAUGAUCAGUUGUCAAGACAUUGGAAUAUCAUCCUCCCAACGUUCUCAAAACGAUGACGACGUUUAGUUUCGCUUUUCCGUUUGCCCUUGCGGGGUCCUUGGCAACGUCCCCUUAUCUGUCAUACCAUCAAAUUGCGGAAAGGAAAAGGAAGCCAUAAAGGAAUCAUUUUUCUCAUAAGAUUUUCAA